UCCCUUUCUGUUCUCCCGACCCUUCAACUUGAAGCAGCACUGGCCAUUCGCUCUCUCUCUCUCUCUCAAAAUCUCAUCUCUCUCUAAACUAUUUUUCUUCAGAAAACCCAAAGGUUUUCCAAUUUUUAGCUCCUCAAUAUAUACACAUACAUGUGUAUACAUAUAUGUAUAUAUAUGUAUUUGCAUAGUAUUAGAGAUUAUCGCCAUUUGAGAUUCUUGGCUCAAUUUAGCGGAACAAUUUAGGAAACCCAAAACCAGUUCACUACCGAUCUGGAAACUCUCAUUUCCAGCUACCCAUUACAUAGUUAUUACAGCCCAAAGUUAAGUACUUCCCCAUUUAAAACACAGCUUCAUCUCAUUCUCUUUUCAUUCAUUUCGAUUCAAUUACUACACACUUGGCAAUACCCUUUUCUCUGAAUUGAAAUUAAGUUCUGGGUUCCAAGUUGGGGUUUGUACUCGUUGAAUUGUGUGGUGAAUUGAGGAUUUUGUGCCACUUUUGGUGUUUGUAAUUGAGUUUGGAUCUCAAGUUCUUUUGAGUAUUUGGGGUUUGUUGCAAUCUUGUGAUCUGGGAAGAUUUGGUUUUUUUUGGUUGGUUUGAGUGCAAAGGCAACUUUUUGAUCCUAGCUUGUGAUCUAUCUGGGUUGAGCUUAGGGUUUGAUCUUUCAAGUAUUUUGAUGCUCUAUUGCUAAGAUGCAGCCUGAUCAGCGAAAAAAGGGAUCUGUGGAUGUUGACUUUUUCACGGAAUAUGGUGAGGGGGGCAGGUAUAGAAUUGAGGAAGUAAUUGGUAAAGGAAGCUAUGGUGUUGUUUGCUCUGCAUAUGAUAGUCAUCUUGGGGAAAAAGUAGCAAUUAAGAAGAUUAAUGAUAUUUUUGAACAUGUCUCUGAUGCCACACGCAUUCUUCGUGAGAUUAAGCUUCUUAGACUCCUUCGUCAUCCAGACAUUGUGGAAAUCAAACAUAUAUUGUUGCCUCCAUCCAGAAGGGAAUUCAAAGACAUAUAUGUCGUUUUUGAACUCAUGGAAUCUGAUCUGCACCAGGUUAUUAAAGCAAAUGAUGAUUUGACACCAGAACAUUAUCAGUUCUUCCUUUAUCAGCUUCUUCGAGGUCUAAAGUAUAUUCACACAGCAAAUGUCUUUCACCGAGAUCUAAAACCGAAAAACAUCUUAGCAAAUGCUGAUUGCAAACUCAAGAUAUGUGACUUUGGUCUUGCAAGGGUGGCCUUUAAUGAUACCCCCACUGCUAUAUUUUGGACAGACUACGUUGCAACGAGAUGGUAUAGGGCUCCUGAAUUGUGCGGAUCCUUUUUCUCUAAGUACACACCUGCAAUAGAUAUAUGGAGCAUUGGUUGCAUAUUUGCAGAACUGUUAACUGGAAAGCCUCUCUUUCCUGGGAAAAAUGUAGUCCACCAAUUGGACUUGAUGACUGAUCUCUUGGGAAUACCAUCUCCUGAAUCCAUAGCCAGGAUACGAAAUGAGAAAGCACGUAGAUACUUGAGCAGCAUGCGAAGGAAAAGGCCUAUUCCUUUUUGCCAGAAGUUCCCAAAUGCAGAUCCGCGUGCACUUUGUUUGCUAGAAAAAAUGCUAGCAUUUGAUCCGAAGGAUCGACCUUCUGCUGAAGAGGCUCUUGCAGAUCCAUAUUUCAAGAACUUGGCCAGGGUUGAGAGAGAGUCUUCUGCUCAACCAGUUACAAAAAUGGAAUUUGAUUUUGAAAGACGAAGGGUAACAAAGGAAGAUGUACGUGAGCAAAUAUAUAGAGAGAUUCUUGAAUACCAUCCAAACAUGUUGAAAGAGCACUUAGAAGGAGCCGAACCAACAGGUUUCAUGUAUCCAAGUGCUGUUGACCAAUUCAAGAAGCAAUUUGCUUACCUUGAGGAGCACUAUGGAAAUGGUGGAACUGUUGCUCCACCUGAGAGGCAACACGCAUCAUUACCUAGGCCAUGUGUAUUAUAUUCAUCAGAUAACUCAAUGCAGAGUUCAGCAGAAGUCACAAAUGAUCUUACCAAAUGUUGCAUCAAAGAGGUGGAAAAGCCACACGUGGACAGGAUUUCUGGGAUCCCCAAGACAAGAUUGCCUCUCCAAGUUCCCCCCACUGUCGGUGCUGCUGCUGCAAGGCCUGGGAAAGUGGUUGGCUCAGUGUUGCGGUACAACAACUGUGGAGCAGAGGCUCUUGAACAUCGAAGGAUGGUUAGGAAUCCAGCUGUUCCAACUCAAUAUGCUGUUUCUACCUCAAGAAGAAACCCGGGCUCUAAAAAUGAGAGGAGAGAAGAUGGAGUUGAAGGAUCCAGUGUGCUGCAGCCAAAGCCUCCUCAGUACGUUUCAAGGAAAGUGGCUGCUGCUCAAGGUGGAUCUGGAAGCCACUGGCAUUGAUCACGUAGAGGUGUUUUGCUCGAGUUGUGGACAACCCAGAUGCCUAAAUUCCAUAUUCAACUUGUGGUGAUCACUAAUCACAUUCCAUCCAAGAUUGAUGUCAAAUGUGAACUCUCCAAAUGUAAGUGAACUCUCUGACAUUGAAGUAUGAAAAGGGCUUGCAUUGAUUCCAGCCUAUGACAGAGGUAUGAUUAAAGAUCAAAGACAAGAGUCAGAGGAUGUGAAGAUAUGAACUAAACUGACAAGAACUUGAACUGACAUCCUUUUACUAAGUCCUUUCUCAUUCCUUUCCAUUCUUUGCAAAACAGAUGUAAGCAACUAUAUUCUUUUAUAUAUACUCUAAAAUCAGCUUAUCUAAUUUGUAUUGUAAAUAUAGGGUGGGGAAACAUGUAGGAAAUAACUCUGUUGAAGACUAGAAUUUGUUUUACAAAUCACACUUUGUAUGAUUUAUGAUGUAUUUCUUAAAGAAGCUGUUCAGCAUUCUUAGGCAUGAGUGAAUGUUUGUUGGAAAUAAAAUGUAUUUCAUGGUUUAUUGUUA